CGCACGGUCGUAAUCUAGAUUAAUUAUAUUAUCUAAAUAAUUACAGUGAUUUCAACUGUGAAUUUGCUCGCUACUGUUUACGUCGUAGCUAAUAUCUAUAUGACAAUUGCUGGGAGAUAACGAUGUCUCGUCAAGGUGCUGAUUUUGAACAGUGAAGUUCAUGAUGUACUGGAAAACGGGUCUACUCGUAGCACUGGCUAUAUGUCAGGUGCAAGCUGAAGAAUUAAUAACCCCGACGUACGUUGAAAAUGUUGACCAAUCAUUGCAACGUAUCGUAUCGGGUUGGGAGGCGCAGCCAGGGCAGCACCCUCAUCACGUGUCGCUGCGGCAGGUGAACGCCAACGGAGGCGUCAGCGCCUGCGGGGGCUCCCUCGUGCACAGCGAGUGGGUCAUAUCGGCAGCGCACUGCACUGCACUUCAGGUGACGCUGGUCAUUCGUGCCGGCGUCGUGGCGCUGUCUACUCCGCCCUACAUCUACGAAACUACGGAGUGGUACAACCAUCCCACGUUCAACGACCAGAACCCUAUGCUGGUACAACCCAACGAUAUAGCGCUGAUCAAACUGCAGAAGCCUGUCACCUUCUCCAACCGAAUUCAACCAAUCCGCGUGCAGAGCAACACGGAGGCGUUCAGAGACUACGACACCGAGAUCGUGCAGGCCAGUGGACAUGGCAGGCUGUGGACUGAUGGCAACUCUCCCGAGGUAUUGAAUUGGGUGUACCUGCGUGCUGUCUCCAACAGUCGUUGCCACCAGCUCUUCGGCAGUACGGUCAUCAACGACAACUCCAUCUGCGCUGGUCCCUAUAAUGUUACCUCACAGUCUACUUGCCAGGGAGACAGUGGUGGUCCACUGGUGCAUAUCUCCAGCGACGGAGUACCAGUUCUGGUCGGCGUGGCAUCCUUCGUGGCUGGAGGAGCUCACGGCUGUCACUCAGGCAUACCCGCUGGUUUCGUGCGGCCGGGUCCCUUCUUGGGAUGGUUUGAAGAAGUCUCCGGUAUCGACUUUGACAAUAUUGACGAAGAAGAGGUAACCACUUGGGCCCCCGAGGAGACCGAGCCCCCCACAACGACACCAGAACCAGAAGUAUCCACCGAAGCACCGGACUCCGAAGAGGAAGAAAGCGAUGAGGAUAGCUCAGAAUCAGAUGAAGGUGACCCUGAACUGUCUCAGCUUCUCAAGAAGUUGCAGGUGCAGGUCAAAGUUAAUGUAAAACUGAAUAAAUACGGCAUCAAACAUGAGCAUAAUCAUAACAAAACUAUAACACACCAUAAAUAACAUAUCAUAGUAACAAUAAAUGUUCUGGAUUGCUAAGAUUCAGAUCUCCGAUUUAG